AUGCGGUUGCCGGCAACCUUCGCCGGUCUUCUGCUGAUUAUCCGGCUGUCCAGGAGCGAGAUCCUGACGCCGCCGUAUUUCAAUUUAGCCGAGGGUAAAGAAAUUGUGGCUUCGGCUACGUGCGGCGUCGACACCACCGGCCCCGAACUCUAUUGCAAACUCGUCGGCGCGAAUGCCGAUCAAGAUGAAGAUAUCAACUUGAUUCAAGGCCAAGUGUGCGAUUUUUGUGAUCCUGAAAAUCCUGAGAAAAGGCAUCCGCCCGAAUAUGCGGUCGAUGGUAUGGAGACUUGGUGGCAAUCGCCACCGUUAUCCAGGGGGAUGAAAUAUAAUGAAGUCAAUCUGACGAUUAACCUGGGACAGGAGUUUCACGUGGCUUACGUUUAUGUGCGAAUGGGCAAUUCGCCUCGGCCAGGACUCUGGGUCUUGGAGAAAUCGAAAGAUUACGGUAAGACCUGGUCGCCCUGGCAAUACUUUUCGGAUUCCACUAACGAUUGUUUGACGUACUUCGGGGUGGACAGCCACAUGCCGAUUACUCGUGAUGAUAGCGUGAUCUGUACAACCGAAUACUCGAAAGUCGUCCCACUCGAGGGUGGCGAAAUUCCUAUCUCAAUCCUAAAUAAUAGACCCUCGGCGAAACACUAUUUCAAUUCGACUUUGCUGCAAGAAUGGACGCGGGCGACCAAUGUUCGUUUCCGCUUUCUCAGGACGAAGAACUUGCUGGGACACCUGAUGUCCGUCGUUCGACAAGAUCCUACUGUCACCAGGAGAUACUUUUAUUCAAUCAAAGAUAUCAGCAUCGGCGGUCGUUGCAUGUGCAACGGUCACGCGGACAUUUGUGACAUUCAAGAUCCCAAUAUGCCGAAAAAACUAGUCUGUCGGUGCCAGCACAACACCUGCGGACCUCAGUGUGCAACGUGUUGCAGGGGUUUUGAACAGAAAAAGUGGAGACAAUCCACGGCAUCACAGAAAUUCAUAUGCGAACCCUGCAACUGCUUCGGACAUUCGGACGAGUGCAUUUAUCAACCGGAGAUUGACGAGAAGCACUUGUCACUGGACAUUCAUGGUAAUUACGAGGGCGGUGGUGUUUGUCAGAAUUGUAAACAUAACACUGAAGGUAUCAAUUGCAACCGUUGCAAGCCCAAGUUCUACAGGCCUUGGGAUAAACCACUCAAUGCAACCGACGUAUGUCAACCUUGUAAUUGCGAUUACUUUUACUCGACCGGAAACUGCGCCGAUUCCACUGGAAAAUGCGAGUGUCGAAAAGAAUUCACACCACCGAACUGUGAUACUUGCAAUUACGGAUACUUUGGCUAUCCUAAUUGCAUACCCUGUCAAUGUGAUUUACGAGGCACUGACGGUUAUCAUUGUGAAGCAACCGAUGGUUAUUGUCCCUGCAAGCUAAACUAUGCUGGCCACUAUUGCAAUCUCUGCGCAGAGGGAUAUUACAAUUUUCCCGAUUGUUUACCCUGUAGUUGCAAUCCUGUUGGUGCUCUGAACGAUGUCUGUGACGUGAUAUCCGGUAACUGUACAUGCAAGAACAACUACGGAGGCAGAACGUGUGACAUUUGCGAGGACGGCUAUUUCAAUUAUCCUCUUUGCACGUAUUGCAAUUGUGAUGCGCGCGGAACGGAACCUGGUAUUUGCGACAAGAAGGAUGGCGUUUGCUUGUGCAAGGAAGGAUAUGGCGGCAUUAGAUGCGACCAGUGUAUCGCGGGAUAUUACGGCUAUCCUAACUGCGUACCAUGCAACUGCAGCUCCGUCGGUUCAUCUAGCAUCAGUUGCGAUAUCGCGGGCAAGUGCUCGUGCCUCGCCAAUUUUGCAGGAAGGACUUGCAGUCAAUGCAGUCCAGGAUACUACAAAUAUCCAGAAUGCAUUGCGUGCAAUUGCGAUAGUCAUGGCUCGAUCGGCGUGUCCUGCGAUGGCGAAGGUAAAUGCCAAUGCCGCGAGAACUUCGACGGCAUUCGAUGUGAGCAAUGCAAAGAGGGUUACUACAACUUCCCUACCUGCGAGGGAUGCAACUGCGAUCCAGCUGGUAUAGUCGAGACUUUCCAAGGUUGCGGCUCCUUGCCGCCUGGCGAACUUUGUCAGUGCAAGGAGCGGGUUGAGGGGAGGAUAUGCAAUCAAUGCAAGCCGCUUUAUUGGAAUCUGCAGCCUUACAAUCCAGAUGGUUGCGAAGAAUGUCAGUGUAAUAUUCCUGGAGUCGUCGGCAGCAUCGGUGAGUGCGACACUAAGACUGGACAGUGUAUUUGCAAGCCUGGAGUAACUGACAGAGGAUGCAGCCGAUGCAUCGAUGGAACGUACAAUCUUCAGGAAGACAAUCUUUUUGGUUGUUUCGAUUGCGCUUGCGACGUUGGUGGUUCUGUGAGUUCGAUAUGCGAUAAGCAAACUGGUCAAUGUCCUUGUCAACCUCGAGUAACUGGUCUAACGUGCAAGGAGCCUUUGCAAGCACACUACUUCCCUACGCUUCAUCAAUAUCAAUACGAAGCCGAGGUCGGUAAAACUCCCAGUGGCAGCGAUGUCCGCUAUGGCUUUGCGGAAGACAUCUUUCCGGGCUUUAGUUGGAAGGGUUACGCCGAGUUUACUACCCAGCAAGACGAGAUUGUAUUGGGCGUGGGCAUUGGCAAGUCUUCUCUCUAUCGAAUGGUUUUGCGUUACGUAAAUCCCAGUAAUGAGCCGAUCCUCGGCACUAUCACUAUCACUCCUGAUAAUCCGACUGAGGUAGAGCAACAGUUUAAGGUCAACUUUAAGCCGACCAACCGACCAUCCUUCGUAACUGUUGCCGGAGCACAUGGCAAUCAUCCAUCGCCUAUGGUGAUGAAUCCCGGACACUGGUCCAUCAAGAUCGCCACGAAAAAAAGUAUGUUCCUCGAUUACUUUGUUUUAUUGCCAGCGGAAUACUACGAGGGUGGCAUAUUGACGCAGGACGUGAAUGUGCCCUGCGAAGUCGGUUACAAGGGACUCUGUAGGCAUUAUGGCUAUCCAAAUUUGACACAAUUUGAUUCGGUCCACGGUGCCGGCGGCUUUCUCAACGAGAAUAAUGUCCGAAUUCCGUUGACCGAGUACUUUACCGAUCGCGAGACUUUGCAAGAGAUCGGCGAGGACGAGGUACCGCUUAUCAACGAUCAACAAGAAGAAAUUCAUUUUGAACUGAGAAUCAGCAAACCUGGUCCUCACGUUCUCGUGAUGACUUAUGUCACUCCGCGGGAUGAACAAGAUACGUCGGUACUGCUAAUCGAGGCGAAUACUGUCAAGGGCAAAGUCACUCUGAAUCCUUGCAGAUAUACCAGCACAUGUCGACAGGUUGUCACAGAUACCUAUGGUAAGGUAGCCGUCAUGAAUUUCCCAUCAAACUACGUUAGCUUAGUGUUGACUGGCGAGCCGACUUCAAACGUCGCGAUCGACUCAGUAGUGGCUAUUCCCUAUCAUCAAUGGUCGCUGGACUACGUAAAGCCUAAAUCUAUCUGUGUUAGGAAAAACGGUAAAUGUGUACAAGGACUUUUCCCCCCUGCCGCCGAUGCUAAGAAGAUCGAAUUCGAGAAUUCUAACGGUAUUCUCGAAACUGAAAAUCAACCUCCUGGUAUUUACGAUAACGCCACUAAAUUAAUCUACCUGGGUGACGGCGACAUGGUGGAUAUUCAUGCGAAGGUGUCUCAACCGGGAGACUAUGUCUUCGUGAUACAGUAUUAUCAACCGGAUCAUCCUCAAUUCGAGCUAGAUGUUUUGGUGCAGAAUGGCAAGUUCUAUGAGGCGAAGGUACCAGUUCCUCAUUGUCCUAGCAAUAGCGGAUGUCGCAGUAUUGUACAUCAAAUCGACGACGACGAUAUCAGGUUUCAAUUGAUUGAAAAUUUUGUGCUGACGCUGAAAGAGCCCGGCCGCGGUAUUUGGUUAGACUACGUCCUGGUGAUCCCGGCGGAUCAAUACAAUGAGAAGAUCCUCAAUAAAUUGCAGUUUGAUCAGACGAAAGAGUUCAUCAAACGUUGCGGCAAUAAUCAUUUCCAUAUCAACGUCACUGAAGAUGGCUUCUGUCGUGAUUCUAGCUUUUCUUUAACGGCCAAUUAUAACAAUGGUGCACUGCCUUGCAACUGUGACAGUGAGGGCUCUACCAGUUUUGAGUGCGACAAAUUCGGCGGCCAAUGUCCCUGUCGACCGAACGUCAUCGGCAGACGGUGCGAGAGCUGCAAAUCCGGCUUUUACGGCUUUCCCAGAUGCAGACCGUGCAAUUGUCCCUCUCUCUGCGAACGGGAUACCGGCAGAUGUAUCUGUCCGCCUCGAGUAACGGGCCAACGAUGCGAUCAGUGCGAGAUAGGCACCUACGGAUUCCACCCGAUUAUCGGCUGCGAGGAGUGCAAUUGUUCGCCCCUGGGCGUCGUGGAUGGUGAUCUGCAGUGUGAUUUACUCGACGGCAAUUGCCGUUGCAAGGAGAACGUGGUGGGUCGUCAAUGUGACCGUUGCCACGCUGGUUACUCGCAGUUUCCGCAUUGCGAGCGCUGCGACUGUGAUUCACGCGGUACAACUGGCGAUAUCUGCGACCAAUACACGGCCGAGUGCUUCUGCAAAGCGAACGUGCAGGGUCUGGCAUGCGACGUAUGUCGCGAGGGCACUUUUGACAUCCAGGCUGAUAAUGCGGAUGGUUGUACCAAGUGCUUCUGCUUUGGCAAGACCAACAGAUGCGCCUCCGCGAGUCUCUACUGGACCCAUCUUAUGGAUAUGUCCGAUUGGGAAUUGGUCACACCCAUCGAUAAGAAUGGCAACUUUACCAAUCUAUCGACUUAUUCUGUAGAAAAUACAACUACAAUCACGGUCACAUUUACCGCCAACGACACUUUCGAAAACGUCUACUUUUCGGCGCCCGACACCUAUCUCGGUAAAAAGUUGACUUCUUACGGUGGCUACUUCAAUUACAGCGUUUACUAUAGUACGGGACCUUUCGGCAAGGCCAUCAGUGCCGCCGAUGUGAUCCUCCAAGGCGCCGAUACUACACUGUUUUAUUAUUCCGAUGAACAACCACCAUCUUUUAUGAACUUUAGAGCUUCCGUUCAUCUCGUUGAGUCAAACUUUCUAACUAGCAACAGACUCAGCGCUACCAGAGAACAGAUCAUGGUUGUUCUUGAAGAUCUACGUGGAAUAUAUGUACGUGCUAUGUAUUGGAAUCCUACUGUCAUGGCUUCAUUAUCAUACGUGACUUUGGACGUCACAACGGAACAAUACUCGUCUCAAUACAGCAUUUCGGCUAGCAGCGUGGAGCAGUGUCAGUGUCCACCCAAUUACCAAGGACUUUCAUGCGAGGAAUGUGCUCCAGGAUAUUACAGGAUCCAAUCGGGACCAUAUGGAGGAUACUGUGCGCCCUGUCAAUGUAACGGCCAUGCGACUACGUGCGAUGUAAACACCGGAAUCUGUCAGAAUUGCAAGAAUGGCACCAUUGGCGAUCAUUGCGAGUACUGCGAGCAAGGUUAUUACGGUAACGCCACUGUGGGCACACCGACGGAUUGUCUGAUCUGUGCAUGCCCAUUGCCAGUCGCCUCCAAUAACUUUGCCACUGGCUGCGAGGUGAAUGAAGAGGGCAAUAAGAUUAGUUGUGCCUGUUUGCCUGGAUAUUACGGAGCUCGUUGUCAAUCUUGCGCUGCCGGUUAUUACGGCAAUCCCGAGGUGUACGGCGAUUAUUGCAAGCCGUGCGAGUGCUCUGGCAAUAUUGACACCAAUCAAAUUGGCUCGUGUGACAGUAUCACCGGCCAGUGUCUGCAAUGUUUAAAUAAUACCUACGGCGAAGCGUGUAAUCUGUGCGCCCCUGGUUUCUUUGGCGACGCCGUGGAACGGAAAGACUGUCGUAACUGCGUAUGCGAUGACUGCGGAAUGGAACAUUGUGACAGUUACAGUGGUCAAUGUUUCUGCCAAGUAAAUGUUAUUGGCGAACGAUGCGAUCGUUGCGCGCCCGAUCAUUACGGCUUCAACACCUGUAACGGUUGCAAACCAUGCGACUGUGACCUGGCCUCGGAGAGCAGUCAAUGCGACGGAGAAACGGGACAGUGCAGGUGUAUGCCAGGUGUCACCGGUCGCAGAUGUGACCAAUGCAUUCAAGGAUAUUGGAAUUAUGGGCCGGACGGAUGCACAUCGUGCGAAUGUCAUACUGGUUAUUCCGUCGGCGUGUCUUGUAACACAACCACUGGUCAAUGUACCUGUCUACCUGGUGUGAUUGGCGAAAAGUGCGACCACUGUCCAUAUCGACAUGUGUUGAUCCCGGCGCAGGGCUGCUUCUCUUGCGGUUCUUGUACAGGAAAUCUUCUGGAUGUCACGGAUGAACUAGCCGAUUUGUUAGAACCUGUCUCGCGCGAAUAUAGCUCGGUCGCGGAAGGCUACUUUACGAAUCAACGACUUAAAUUUAUCAAUGAUACGGUCAAUGAGCUCUAUCCCGAAGUUAUAUUAUUGGAUCCAAGUCGGGUAAAUCUGCUACCGUUGCAGAAGAAGCUAGAACAAAUGGAAAAUACAGUAUAUGUUCAAAAACGAAAAAUUGAUUUCGUUACUGAGGACAGCGUCAAGUCGAAGGACAACGCGGAGAACACGUUGCGGAACAUGAACACUCUGGAGGAAGACAUGGUGCGCAAGAUUGAUCUAGUAAAUCAGAUUGUAUCGGAAGUACAGUCGCUGGCGCUAAAUAUUCAACUGGGAACGGGCGCUAAGGUUGAUAACGCAUUGAACGAGGCAAAGGAGAUUCUGAAACGAAUCAAGGAUGUCUCCUUUGUAAAAUAUCGGGAUAAUGCCGUAGACCAGGCGGACGAGGCAAAUAUCCUGAUUUCCGAGAUGCAAGAGUACAACUUUCCGGCUAGUAAUCUAAGCUCCGCUGCGGCAGACCUUAGCGACAAGAUCAAAAAUGCCAGCGCCAAGAUGGAUGAUUUACUAGACAUUGUGCAAGUAGCUCAAGAAAUUGCCAGCACAGUGGAUAAGCUGAAUCGAGAAAAUAGAAUUGCUGCGCAGACUAGUAAUCUCGAUGUUGUGAAAAACGCUACUGCUGAAGCGAAGGACGAUCUAGAAGUUGGAGAGGAGCUCAAGAAUAACGCUACUGAUGUCCUUUCUUAUGCGAGGACCAAUCUCGAUCUUCUUGAACAAACUAACAAUAUUGGCGAUGCGACUGAUCGAUUGAACAACACUAUUGCUGUAAAUGAUGAACUGUUAAUCGAUCUGGCUGAGCCAGUGCAGCAAGCCCAUUCUCACGCGGCAUAUUUGUACAAUCGUUCAUUGGAAUUGGAUAGUUUACUAAACGACACUCGCAAUACUAAUGCGGUGAGGGCCGUUUCAGCAUACAGGGACAUCGAAACCGCAAUUCAAGCUGCAAAAGAUGCUGCAGACAAUGCCACAAUCGCUAUUAACAACACGACGUCAUUGAUUGAUGGAAUUGAGAAAAAAAUGCUGGACUCUCGAAACGAGUGCUUUAAAUUGUUUGCCGCUGCGCAGCGUGCUCUAACGAAAACGGUGGAUCAGCCCGAGAACGAUUUGCGAGAUGCAAGGAACAACGCGACUUUGAUUAAUAAUCAAAAUAAACGUAACAAGGAGCUUCUCGACUCCAUCGACAAGACACUUGGUAACAUUCCUUCGCAAUCGUCUUCGGUCGCACAUGACGCUAUAAAUCAAGCGAUGAACAUCGAAAGUAAUACCAAAAUCGCCAUCGACGACAUGAACGGCAUCGUGAAUCAAAUCCCAGAAGAUCUGAGAGAGACAAAGCAACUCUCGAAAAAUACGUCAGAGUCAAUCCGUGACAUCUCACAAGCGAACAAGCAAUUGGAUAUUGUAGACAAAGUGUUGCCGAACAUCACCAGACUGCUAAAUAGCCUGAAUGACAAUCAGAAAUCAAUCGACACACUUGGGAAUGAUCUGCAAAGUAAAAUCGAAGCCUUAAAGAACAAAAUCGCAAAUGCCCGAGAACUGGCUAAUCGGUUCAAAACCGGUUUGACUUUCUACAGGAAUACUACCUUGGAGCUGAAAAGUCCAGAGAGUUUACCACUUUUAACUACUUCCACAAAAGUAUCCUUGUAUUUUAGGACCAACAAGACCAAUGGCUUUUUGUUGUACCUCGGCAAUGAGGAGAAGACAAAGCUACCACGUUCAAAGACGCACGACUUCAUGGCAUUAUUGAUUGAAAGUGGAUAUCCCGUGCUCAUAGUCGAUCUAGGAACCGGACCAGAGAAGCUAAAUCAUAAUAAAUUUGUAUCGGAUAAUGUGUGGCGGCAGAUAAUUAUCGACAGGAUUGGCAAGAACGUCAAGUUAACCGUUCGCGAAGAUAUUGGCGAAGGCAAGGAUAUAUUGUACGAGAAGGAACGAGUCUUGUCAGGCUCUUAUUACAUUUUUAAUGUGGAUCAGGACUCGAAGCUCUUCGUUGGUGGUUACCCAUCAUCGUUCCGCAUCCAAGACGCCGUGACCGCAUCAUCUUUCGAAGGCGAGAUGGAGGACUUGAUGAUAGGCGACAUACCGGUGUCUUUCUGGAACUUCGUCGACGGCGAGAACAACCAAAAGAGCGCGCUCGAACGUGACAAGCUAAUUAAUUUUGCACCGAGCAGGGGAUACCGUUUCGAUCGACACGGUUAUGCAAUUCUUAGCAAAAAGAGCUCGCAAAUUACGCCAGAUAACAGAAAGUUCAUCAUCAAAUUAUCUUUCAAGACUUAUGUAGAGGAUGGUUUGAUUUAUUUAAUGGUCAAGAACAAACAGUUCUUGUCUUUGGAAAUGAGAAAUGGUCAGUUGCUGUAUCAGUACGAUCUUGGCGAGGGUCCGACCGUUUUAAGGUCCUCGGAUAAAUACAAUGAUGGUAACUGGCACACUCUGGAGGCUAUCAGACAGGAUACGAUGGGCGCGCUCAAAGUUGACGAUCAUAUGGUCGCGUCGAGUCAAGAGAAAGGAACCACCAAACCUUUCGCCUCAUCGGAUCACAUUUAUUUCGGUGGAUAUCCACCCAAUGCUAAACAUCAUUAUGAAUCGGUUACCAGUAAUGGUUUCGAAGGCUGUAUCGAUGACGUCGUCAUCCUUGACACUUCGGUCGAUCUCACGCGCAACGUGCAGGCAUUUGGAGUCAUGCCUGGUUGUCCAGUUAGGUUUGCUAGUCUCGUCUCUUUCGAGAAAAACACACCUGGCUAUGUGAGAUGGCGCAAUUUGGCGUCCGAUGGUCUACAAGUGAAUCUCAAGUUCAAGACAUCGGCCAGCGACGGUUUAAUUUUCUACGCGACCAAUAAUGAUCAUCAGACCGCCGCAACUAGUUAUCUAUCGCUAGUAGACGGCCAAUUGGUAUUUAAUAGUCAGGGUGAAGAACUUAGAACUAGUCCGUCAGAUGUUAGAUUCAACGAUAACGAAUGGCACGUAGUAACCGCCACUCAUGACCAUUCGGCUCUUAGUCUCGACAUUGACGACACAAAUAACUACAAAACCGAUUCGGCACCCCCGCCACUAAACUUCCUCUACGGCAAUUUGUAUAUCGGUGGAUUGCCGACAAAUUUCGAUAUGGACGGACGAAAAAUCGUUCCUUUCGUCGGUUGCAUUGGCGAUGCGACCCUUAACAGCGAGGUCAUCAUCAAUUUCGCCAACACGACCGAAAGACCACAUGCGUUUUUAGGAAAGUGCAAAGGCACACAAACGCUUUUACCACCGAUCGUCGAACCUGAAUCCUUGCCACCGUUAUUACCAUCAGAAGGUUCAGAAGAUACAGUAGAAUUGUCGACUCAAAUCAAUAUUAUAGAUGUCGACAUAGACAAGGAAGAUGAUAAAGAAGACGAAGAACCAGACCUGGAAGGACGAUCUAACGUAGACAAAUAUGAUUUCACAACGACUACACAAAAAUCAACCGAACAGCCUGAAACUAUCGACAAGUGUCACUUGCCAUAUUAUCCGGCAACAGAUCCUGAUCUUGAGAAUGCUUGGCGAUUUGGUACUGCGAGGAACAGUAGAUUAGAAUAUAGAACAUUAAAUGGAAGGUACAAAGACGACUAUGAUUUCCAGAUUGAUAUAAAAACAAUGGCAGACGAUGGAAUUAUAUUCUAUACUUCCGAUCUUAGUAAACAAGACUUGAUUGCAGUGUACAUGCUCGGUGGAAAGAUUCAUUAUAAAUUCGAUUGUGGAAGCGGACCAGCGUUGUUAGUGAGUGACAAAAUGGUCAACAACAAUCAAUGGCAUAUUGUGAUUUUCAAGAGAAAUGGUAACUAUGGUCAGCUGAUUGUAGAUGAGGAAGAUCCAGUGGACGGAUAUUCACUGGGACACACCGAUACUAUCAACGUCAAUCCGCCGUUCUUCGUGGGUGGCGUUUUGCCGGAAUUAUCUAGCAUUACGUAUACAAAUAUUGGCCUUAAUAAAACAUUCAGUGGCUGUCUAGGAAAUUUCAUGAUGAACGGACAACUCGUUGGAGAACCGUCCGAAAAGGUAGGCGUAAUACCUUGUUCAAAGAGAGUCGAACCUGGUCUAUUCUUCUACCCAGGAAACGGUAGUAAUUUAUUCAAAGCAGUUGAUCGAUUUAAUGUGGACCGCACAAUCGACAUUCAAAUGGAUAUAAAACCGCGAUCGACAUCUGGACAUUUGCUAUCGGUGCACGGUAAAAGGGAUUAUCUUGUGCUAGAAAUGGUUAACGGUAGCGUUAAAUUCCUCAUAAAAACGCAGAAAGGCUCGAUCGAGACAGCUUUCGAACCGACGAAACCAAACUCCCUGUGCGACGGCCACUGGCACAAUAUUCGAGCCGUCAAACAGAAAAAUGCGGUACUGCUGUCGGUUGAUCAUAAACCGGCGCCGCCUGGAAUCGGUGGCAAAAAUGUAGCUAGAGUCUUAUCAAAACAUCCGAUAUUCAUCGGUGGCCAUCCGAUGCUCGGAAGAAGAUUACGAGGAAGCACCUCGCAGGCUCAGUAUGUUGGCUGUAUCAAUAAUAUUCUGAUCAACUUGAAACCCGUCAGCAUCAGGCCUGAACGAGCCUACGGACAAGUUAUCACCGGUGUAUGCCCGACAAUUUAAAAUGAUGAAAAAAUUCUAAUGAGCGCAUUGCAAAUUUAUAGCUUUAUCCAAAAUCUUGAUGACAUUUUUUUCUUCUUCGAAAUACUCUAACGCCAAUCUCUGACGCUUUAUUAAAAAAAUAAUAGAUGUGAGAAAUAACAAGUCAAAAAUUUGUAACUCCAUUAAUUUUUCUCGGUAAAAAAAAAUAUUUUCUAAGAACUAUGACUAAGAACGAUGGAAAGUUGUACAGGAUAAGGAAACUCGUUUGUAACCAAAGAUAAUGAUUUAAUAAAGGAUGUAAGUUAUAAAAUA